GGAAGAAGAGAGCGGCCAGAGCAGAGAACACAGGCACAGCGGAGAGGAGAGCGCACACAGAGCACUCCACAGCUCACUCCACAGCUCACUCCACAGCUCACUCCACAGCUCACUCCACAGCUCACUCCACAGCUCACUCCACAGAGCUCAGAGCAGAGCGCACUCCUCCUGGACCGGAGCUUUUUCUGUGUCCAGCAGCGAAUAAAACCGCCCACAAAGCGGAGCGCGCACCAGACCGGACCCUCCGCUCCUCUGUGGUCAGGCUCAGCCUCAGCUUCAGCUUCAGCCUCAGCCUCAGCUUCAGCCUCAGCCUCUUCUCUAGACUCUUAUAACUUGUGUUUAUGCAUCGAGGAUUUGUUUUGUUGUUUUAUUCUUAAAUCCAAAGGAGCGACUUCACAAACUCCGCGCGUCCUGCGGUGAUUGAUGCGCAUCAAUGUCCCGCAAAAUCUGCGCAGAAAACUCAGAGGAAUGGACACGCGUGAAGAAGACAGGGACAAGCGCGGGGACAGGAGCUCCACGCACCGGGUGGCGCUGCUGAAUGGCUGACCUCAUCGUGUUCCUCUGUUUCCGGUGAAGCCUCCUCAGCUCAGGAUGUACCAGGAGGUGGCGUUUCUCGCGGGGAGCACGGAGCAUCAGUUUACGUCUUUUCACUUCAACCGGGUUGAGAACCCUCAGGAGGUCAGCUCCAAAAAGGGCGUGUUCUAUAAGAGAGCUCAGCUGCUGCCGCGGCCGGCGGCGGGAGACGAGGGGGCGGCCAUCAUUAACGUGGGGGGGAUUAAGUAUCGCAUCCCCUGGACCACGCUGGAGGAGUUCCCUCUGACGCGCCUCGGCAAACUGAGCAGCUGCAGCAGCGAGCAGGAAAUCAUGGACCUGUGCGACGACUACGACGGCAGCAGACACGAGUACUUCUUCGACCGGAGCCCCUCGGCCUUUAGGACCAUCGUCACCUUCCUGUCUGCGGGGAAGCUCCGCCUCCUCAGGGAGAUGUGCGCUCUGUCCUUCCAGGAGGAGCUGCUGUACUGGGGCGUGGAGGAGGACAACUUGGACUGGUGCUGUCUACGCAAACUACGCCUGCGACAAGAGGAGUACAAGGAGCAGCAGAGACUGGAGGACGAGGAGGCGGAGCUCACGGCGCCCCCGUCCUGCGAGGAGGCGCACGUGCCCGGGACAGGCUCAGAGGACAGUCACUCCGCCACCUGCAUGAAGAGGCUGAGAGACAUGGUGGAGAACCCGCACUCAGGAAUCCCAGGGAAGAUCUUCGCGUGUCUGUCCGUCAUAUUUGUAGCCAUCACCGCGGUAACGCUGUGCGUCAGCACCAUGCCCGACCUCAGAGCGGAGGAGGAGCGGGGCGAGUGCUCCCAGAAGUGCCAUAACAUCUUUGUGCUGGAGACCGUUUGCGUCGGCUGGUUCUCUUUGGAGUUCUUGCUUCGCUUCAUCCAAACCCAGAGCAAAUGCAUGUUUCUGAGGACGCCGCUGAACGUGAUCGACGUGGUAGCCAUCUUGCCGUACUACAUCACGCUAAUCGUAGACACUCUCUCGGUCGAUGGUAAAAAGGGCAGUUCCGGCAACAACUACUUGGAGAAGGUGGGACUAGUUCUCCGAGUUCUCAGAGCGUUGAGGAUCUUCUACGUCAUGAGGUUGGCGCGGCACUCCUUGGGUCUCCAGACGCUCGGUUUGACGGUCCGACGCUGUACGAGGGAAUUCGGACUGCUCCUGUUGUUUCUUUGCGUUGCCAUGGCGCUGUUUGCUCCGCUGGUUUUCUUAGCCGAGAGUGAAUUUGGCGCCAAGCAGGAGUUCACCAGCAUCCCGGGAAGUUACUGGUGGGCUGUGAUCUCCAUGACAACGGUGGGAUACGGAGACAUGGUACCGAGGAGUAUUCCAGGACAGGUGGUGGCGCUAAGCAGCAUUUUGAGCGGUAUCCUGCUGAUGGCGUUCCCGGUUACGUCCAUCUUUCACACGUUUUCGAGGUCAUACGUGGAGUUGAGGGAGGAGCAGAAUCGUGCACUGAGACAAAAGCCAGAUUCUCAGGAUUCGACCAAGUCUCAGAACAGUGAAGAUUCACAAGAGACGGACAGUUACCACGGGAUCAUAGAGCCCCCAGUGGCUCACAGGAGGAAGUCCAUCGCGGUCCUGAGAGCGGCAGAACUGAAACCUGGAACUUAGUGACGACACGAUGAGAGAGACAGAAGUAGAACAGCUCAAUUCAGCCUCACAUCCACAGGUUCACGUCUGGAGUUUUCAAAGUCACGUGACCAAUGUGUUUGACUGACUUGGCUUUAACAUUUUAGCUUCUCACAUAAGAAAAAUAUUUUGUUUUAAUCAACAGACCAAAUAUUUCACUAUGUCAUUUAAGAUUUGGUUUCAUUUAUACAUGCCCUGGUUUCUCCCGACUGAUAAAAAUACAUUUAUUCACAGUUCGCUGAAAAAGCAAACUCCAUCUGACCUUUCUCUACGUGACAGGUCCUGAGAUAAACAGCUGACCGUGUUUUCUACUUUCACAUCACAGCGUUCAGGGUAAUACGCAGAUCAUGGAGCAGAUGGAUAAAUAUAAGACAAUAACAUCGUCCAUUAGAAUUUAUGUUGAGUCAGAACCUUCUUAAUUCACUAACCUCAUAAAACCACGUCAUUAACCCUCUACAUGAUCCUGGGGUUUUGUUUGUGUCUGUAAAUCAAGAUCUGAACAUUAAUAACAGACAAAUCAGGUCCUUCUGUCCCCGAGGUCGCUCCUGUUAGCGUUAGCAACAGGUUUGAUUAUCAGGGAGUGGGCGCUUAGCAACGCUGUCAAACCAGAGGUGUGGGCGGGAAGGGGCGUUACCUUCAACAGUCUCUCUCCUGAUUGGCUCUUUGGUUGCUAUGAUACUCACAGUCAGAAUUCUAAACAUGUAACUGCUCCAGGUCGUCUCUAUAUCUGCUGAACGCCGUGAUGUCACACUCAGUCCGUUUCUUUAUAAAGUCUGUGGUAGAAUCUGAAAAGCCUCAUGUGUCACAGGCCUGAGCUCGUGUGGAUCUGGAAACAGGAAAUAAUCUCUGGGUCUGUGCUUUUGUGAAACUUUUCAAAUCAGAUCUGCUCAAAGACAUUUGUCGCAACGAUGACUUUAAAAGACAUGACCAAACCUGCCGAGGUGAGUCCUACGCACACAAGGACUGCACACACACACACAGACACACAGACAGACAGACAGACACACACACACACCGACAGACACACCGACAGACACACACACCCCGACUGACAGACAGACAGACAGACACACACACACACACCCCGACACACACACACACACACACACACACACCCACAGACACACCCCCACAGACACAUACACACACACACACUCAUUGACCUGUGAGUGCUUGCAGCUCCAUCUCACUGUGGUGUUAUAUUAUUAUUAUAUUAUUCAGGUCACAUGGACAAAAUCUAAUCAAAAGGCGACACGUUUUUGGAGCCAAGAUAUUUCGUUUCCCUCCUGGUUUCCACGGUGAUAAUUGUGUGUCACCAGCCCAAAAAUCAGAUUAAAAACAUCACAAACAUGUUGUUUUUCUCCUGGCGUCUGAAACCAAGUCGUAGAAUUCAACCUAAUGCAUUUACAAAGCAGCAGAUGCACCAAAUAAAACUGAAGUGAAGACGACCUUUGACCCUGAUGAAUAAUCUCAUUUAGACAAAAACAACAAACAUUUAUCUUGCCUGAAUAUUUACAAUAAUAGACCUACUUAAAGUCACAGUGUGUAACUUUUUAACCAGAUACAAAUACUAGACUAAAAUAAAAGCAUAUUUUUAUUUCACUAAAACAUAUAAAAGCAGAUGCCUAUUGUGAGUCUUGCUUCUCCACAAACCUGGCUCUUAUGUGGCUUGUAGGAGGGUUCCCUCUGCUCGUCUCCUUGGGAACGUUCCUUUGGCUUUAAUAUUCCACAGUAUGGUAUAAAACCUUUGAGCCCGACUGAUAGUCCUCCUCCAUGGCCCAGCCCAGACUUCAGUCUGAUGACAUCCUUUACCUGCGGCGUCCACCACCAGGUUCUGGAUUACCGUCACGACAUUCACCGCUGACCUUACGACCAAAGCUAAAAGCGGCCGCAUUGACCACAGAGAGAACACGGUCCCAUCGGACUCCAUGUCCCCAGCCUCCCCCAGGAUCAGGGAGAAGCUCUUCUGGAGGUGUGAGUUGAAAACCCCCCUGACAGAGGCUCCACCAGACGAUCUGAACAGACCCUCACGAAACGCUUGGACUUGCCAGGUCUGUCUGGCCUCCUCCUCCACCAGCAGAUCCAAGUCACCACCAGGUGGUGCUCUACAGCUCUGCCUCUCUCUUCACCCGAGUGUCCGGGACACACGGCCGGAGGUCAGAGACACGGCGACAAAGUCGAUCAUCGACCUUCACCCCAGGCGGUCCUGGUGUCUCUGGUGUGGGUGGUGAGCCCACAGGAGGCAAGUGUGGUUUUUUCCCCUUCAUCUGGUCCUCGAGGCUCAUGGGAGUUUGCCACAGUCCACAUGUGUUUUGUGGAUCUGGAGAAGGCAUUCGACCGUGUCCCUCGUGGUGUCCUUUGGGGGGUGCUCUGGGAGUAUGGGGUCCGGGGCCCUUUGCUAAGGGCUGUCCGGUCCCUGUAUGACCAGAGCAGGAGCUGUGUCUCUGCAGUAAGUCAGACCUGUUCCCGGUGCAUGUUGGACUCAGGGCUGCCCUUUGUCACCGGUUCUGUUCAUUAUAUUUAUGGACAGAAUUUCUAGGCUCAGCCAGGGGCUGGAGGGGGUCUGGUUCAGGGACCACAGGAUUUCAUCUCUGCUGUUUGUGGAUGAUGUUGUCCUGAUGCUUCAUCGAGUCAGGACCUGCAGCACUUGGGCAGUUUGAAGCCGAGUGAAGUGUCUGGGAUGGACUCACCGCCCACCCUGAGAGGGUGCCUCAAGUGGAGGAGUUCAAGUAUCUCGGGGUCUUUUUCUCAACUGAGGGAAGGAUGGGGUGUGAGAUUGACAGUUGGAUCAGCGUCUGCAGUGAUGUUGUCGCUGUAUCGUCCGUUGUGGUGAAGAAGGAGCUGAGUCCAAAGGAAAAGCUCUCGAUUUACCUCAGUCUAUGUUCUGCUCUCACCUAUGGUCAUGAGCUCUGGGUAAUGACCGAAAGGACGAGAUCACGGAUACAAGCGGCUGAAAUGAGAUUCCUCCCUCAGAGAUAGGGUGAGAAGCUCAGUCACACAGGAGCUUGGAGUAGAGCCGCUGCUCCUCCACAUGGAGAGGAGCAGCUGAGGCUCGGGCAUCUGCUCAGGACACCUCCUGGACGUCUCCGUGGGGAGGUGUUCAUGUCCCACCAGGAGGAGGCCCCGGGAAAGACCCAGCUCACGCCGGAGGGACUAUGUCUCUCUGGGAAGGCCUCAGGAUCCUCCCGGAGCUGCAGAGAUGACAUGCCGCCUUCAGAAAGUUACACGAUGUUGCUUUAAUUCAUUGUCUAGUGUCCUGUUUGGACAUCUCUUACUUUUUAAAUGGCUCUGGACACAGUUUAAGCCGGUGGAGCCGGUGAAUCAGAGCUGAGUGAAUCGUGAAUCAGGCCUGAGUGAAUCGUGAAUCAGAGCUGAGUGAAUCGUGAAUCAGAGCUGAGUGAAUCGUGAAUCAGAGCUGAGUGAAUCGUGAAUCAGGCCUGAGUGAAUCGUGAAUCAGGCCUGAGUGAAUCGUGAAUCAGGGCUGAGUGAAUCGUGAAUCAGAGCUGAGUGAAUCGUGAAUCAGAGCUGAGAGAGCCAGAGGUGGAGCGAGUCUCUUGGGGCUGAAUCUCGAGUGAAUGAGACGUUAAACAGCGUGAGGACAAACGUCACUGUAUCUGUAUUUUUACUCUGUCUCUGUUUUGUUCUGUGAAUGGAGCAGAACUGUUUGAAUCAAACUGCUUCUCCAAAGGACUCGUGUGGCCUGAGGAGCCGGCUCUUUUGCAAAAAUAAUAAAGAUUCUAAUGACUAU